UAUGCCUAUUUGUCAUAUGGAAAACUGGAAAAUCCCGCUAAAGAAGAGAAGUUAUUGCGUAGUUGACGUUAAGGAGGAAAACCUCACGUGUAACAAUGAUACUAAAGUUCAAAAAAUAGUUUAUCCUGAAGGCACAAAAUCUGAAUUGGAAAAGCCUGACAUUGUUAGUAUUCCCGAGGAAAAGCCAAACACGCGUACAACACGGCCGUUUGAUCCGGACGCCAUUACGAUAUCAGUCAAGGAUCCGAGGAGGGUGGUAGAAAUAUCGUUCUCCUCCAGAAUAUAUUUUAGUCAUUUACAGAGUUCCUCUCUAAAUGAUAAUAAGACCUCAAGUGGACCGUCGAACCCCAAAAAGUAUAAUGACGCUGUUAUUACAGAAACUGAACUGCCUCCUGAAACGCGCCGGCUCAGACGCAAACCGGAAGUGCAACUUCUUCAACAAAGCAAAGCGAGAGAGGCGAACAAAACUAAAGAAGAUGCGUCAAGCGUUUCUUUGCCGAAAGCCCCUCAAGGAACGAAAAAGAAGACUAAACCAGCUCGCAAAGCAAAUUUACGGGAGGUGGACAACUCAGAUGUGCCUUACAACUUGUACGACAUGAAUAAAACUAUACUCGAAAGGUUGGGCUUACCUAUUAAAAAUUAUAAAGAACUAGUUGCAACAAGUAGUUAUUUGACGGAUGAGAGUAUAGCUGAAGAUUUGGAAAACUAUCUUCAAGCUUUGGGAGGGGAGAAUUCAAUAGACGUUAUUGAAAAUGCGCUCAAAUUAAUAAUCGAUGAGAAUCAUCGCCACGAAUUUCGAAUGGAACCGCGUUAUUAUCGUUUAGAAAGAAAGAAAAUGGGAAAAACUGCUAUACAAGACUUCUUCCUUUAUACAAUCUUUAAGAACGCGCUGCUACGUCAUCAACACUUGAUCCUGCUUCGAAAGAGCAAGAGAGCGAGAAUAAUUGAAGAAAUCACCUCUUCGUGGUUUAAGAAACCUAAAUAA